AUGUUUAACUCAGUUGGGGUUUUCAAGGCAGUUAGUUGUCCUGAAGGGACGGGUUGCAAACUCCUAAACUGCAUGUUCGCUCAUGAAGACAAAGAAACUAGCAGUUUCAUUACCCCUAAAUCAACAAACGAGGGCGUGGUUCUGAAUGCAGAUGCUACAUAUGUGAAUGAAGAGCCUUUACCUAAAAAAAGACGCCUUGAUGCAGACGGCCAUAGCACCUUGAAGUCUGUGGAUAAAGCUAAAAGACAUGGGACAAGCCCAAAUAAUAGUAUCCCGAAUUUGGACCCGCAAAUCAACGAGAAGGAAAAAUCGUCAAAUGAGAUUCAAGGUCUAACAUCCGUAUCAAAGCCUGUCUCUCCUUCGAUCAGCCGUCACACGUCUCCGCAAGGGCACCAUCGACCUCCUGUGGGCUCUCAAAAUCAGAAGCCAUCAGAUACUACAUCCAUUCCUGUUUCAACGCAGCCUAGGCAGGUAAAAAAGGAGACUUUGAAUCCCCGACACUUGUCUAAGCCUCCGGCAGCGCAUUCGACACGUGCAUCCGUUCUCGCUAAACUACAUGAAGAAAUGGUUCGACUCAACAAUCAGCUUCUCGCUCUGAAGGAGCAAUCAAAAAAAGCUCUCGUUCUAUCCGAGGACGAGCUCAUAUCCCGAGCAUUAGAUGAAGAAGAAAAGGCAGCGAGAGAGUCGUCUUCUGUCUACUCAAAUGUCAUCAAGCUCCGUAUUACGAAGCUCAGGAAGAUGAAGUUGAGUGAUUGGGAAGAAGAUGUCUUAAACUAUCUACGGCCAAAGAACACGCAAGUCCUGCCCUUGAAACCCCAACCAGAGCCUAUCUUGACUGGAUUGGAUGUUCAAGGAGAGAUCGUAAUGCUUUCCAGAUUUCUCGCAUCUCCAGAAGCACAAGCCAAAGCGGGUUAUGUUAUCGUGGCUCCUUCGAAAGAAGAUAUCAAGAAUGCCACUAAGGGGAACAUAACGGCACAAGGUUGGGAACAAUGCGAUCGAUGUAGUGGGAGAUUCCAGGUCUUUCCCGGACGACGAGAGGAUGGCCUUUUAGCAUCAGGAGGGCCCUGCACGUAUCACCAUGCACGGCUUGUUCGUCCGCCGAAAAAGAAAACUGACCAUAUUCUUGGCCAAACAGAGCCAUAUUUUCCAUGCUGCAACGAGGCGGUUGGUACUUCGGCGGGAUGUACCAAAGCCGAGUCCCAUGUCUUCAAAGUGACGGAGGUCAAGAGGCUGGCUGCGAUUCUGCAAUUUGAGAAAACUCCUGCACAGCCUGACAAGGGGCUGCUGCCUCCGAUAUGCUUUGAUUGCGAGAUGGGUUACACAACUUUGGGGCUAGAGCUCAUCCGAUUAACAGCGAUCACUUGGCCAGACCAAAAGAAGGUACUUGAUGUCCUCGUUCGGCCAAUGGGAGAAGUUCUGGACCUCAAUUCGCGCUAUUCUGGCGUGCGUCCAGAACACUUUGCAAAUGCCGUCCCAUAUGGAUCUGAGCAGGCGCGAGCCCAAGCUAGCAGUGGACCGCAAUCUGUCAACUUUGUAUUGCCAAUCGUUGAGUCUCCGGCGGCUGCCAGAGCACUCUUGUUUGAACAUCUACAGCCUGAUACCCCAGUAAUUGGGCACGCAAUCGACAAUGAUCUAAAUGCUUGCCGCAUCAUUCACCCAACAAUCGUUGAUACGGUUCUCCUAUAUCCGCAUCCAGGAGGUUUACCUUAUCGCUUUGGACUCAGGACUCUUUCGAAGAAAUAUCUGGACAGACACAUUCAAGCCGCCGGAGACCAGGGACAUGACUCAAUGGAGGACGCCAAAGCUACAGGUGACCUGGUCAGGGUUAAAGUACGGGAGACGUGGACGAGAUUAAAGGCCCUCGGGUAUACGAUCAAAGAUGGCGCGUUGAUAGAGCCAGAACCCAACAAAGUCAACAUCAAACCUUUUGCAGCUGGAACUGCAGCCCUGGGGAUUGGUGCAGGUUCCAAGAGGACAAGUUAUGAUCAGACCAAGGAAGCCAAAGCAUAA